AUGUUUCCAAUACUUUUAUAUUUCCUAAAUUACCCUUUACUCUUUGUUAGUAGCGUUUCGCAGUUCACAUGUGCCGUGCAACCCCCGUUGGAGCCUUGGAGGACGCUACUGUUCAGCCAAAUAAAACUAUCGCUCCAUCUUCCCGUCCCAAACUCCUCUUGUUCCCGCCCGACCGCCCGCUGCUCCUCUCCUCCUCAAUCCAUCGCCCAUUGGAGCAUCUCAACCACCAACUGCCGUCCUACCAGCCUCCACAGUACGGAGCUUUCACUCUUUGCCCCAGGAGUUACGUCCUUCCUUGUCCAUCGAUCAUCUCCCCGAAAGCUCCUGCUUCCUAUUGUCCGCUCAUGCCACUCCACCAGAUGGUUUAAACGUAAGAUCAUAAUUGCAUUUUCCAUGUUGGACAUACACUUUAACAAAAAUGGAAGAAAAUUACUGCUGCCAAGGAGUCUUUCCCCUUCUACUCUCAGUCAUGAGGCCAUUUCCCCUCAUGGACAAGCGAAUGCGAUCAUGAUGUGUCUAUUUUACAGUUCAGUUUCGUAUUAUGUCAACACAUGGAAUUUGAUGCGCUAGUUUCUUUGUUGAAUAUCAAGGCAAUUUAAGGUGAAGACUAAUAUGCUUUAUUAGUUUAUUUUUUCAAUCCAUUGUUGCUUGUAUCUUGUCAAUAUUUAUUUUAAAUAAUGUCCGAUAAAAUGACUGGCUAAGAAGCAGAUUUAUUGUUUGUGAAGCGAAUGCCUUAGUUUUUUUUUUUUUCUUCUUAUUUCAGUUCGGCUCGAAUACUUUAUGAUUUCAUUUGUUUGUAAGUGCCUGUUAGCAUAUUUUGAUUUUGCAAGGUUAUGUUGGAUCCUCUCUGUUGGCUACCCUGGUUGUAAGUGCUUCUAGCAUGCUGUCAAUUGCUAGCGUUUCUCUUUAGUUUGAAAUUUGCAUUCUUAUUUUGUUCUAUCGAAAAUAUGUUUCGAUG